AUGGCCUUUGGACGAUUACAGACGAUUCGAAAUCUCUAUCGAAAAGUUGAAAUUCGAGACUUCUCCUACUUGCUUGGAAGCUCAAGAAGCUAUUCACAUGUUAGUGUAAAUGUUCCCAAAACUAGUUGCUGGAGCAUUUCAUCUCACUUAUACAAGGGCCCCAAUGCUCUUCUUUGGAUUUCUAGGGAUACAAUGACUCUUCAUUCUACUAUGGGUGCUGAGUUAUUUGUUUCCUUGAGCAAAAUGAGGUUGGUUUCAACACAAGCAAAAGCUCCUCCUCAAGCACGACAUAUGGUAUGCAAUAUUUCCUUGAAAAUGAACUUAAUAACUUUAUCCCCAAACAAGCCGACAAGGACUACUGGUUUGGUUGGUAAUGUCUCUUAUGUUUUUGCUAUGCCAAGCGCAUUUAGGCGUAAGGCGAGCACAGGUUAUCUCAAUUGUCCAAGGCGAAGCGAGCUUUUUCGAAGUAACAAUUCAGCGCCAAAGGGGGCGUUCAAAGUGUCCAUGUUGAGUCCUGGAAUCAUAUAUGAGCCAUAUGCACCUCGUGAACAGAUCUCAUUUUGGAAGAGAUGGUUCACUCGAAGAGGUUGGAAAAGAACAAAAGAGGAUAUCAUUCUAGAGCUCAAGAGUGCAUAUGCCAUUGCUAAAUUGCGGAAGUCUGGGUAUUCAAAGCACAAGUUUUAUGAGGAAGCCAUAGAUUUAUACAAAGAGGUGUAUUUUUAUGAGCUUGAGUGUUAA